AUGUAUAUGUUUGUUCAAGUUCAUCAUCCCAAAGGAGAUCACUUCUUGUCUAUGUACCUCAUCCUUGCGAAUCCUGAAUCAUUGCCACUUGGAUGGAAAAUAAGAGCUUAUUAUUCCUUCGUUCUGUUGAAUCAAUCCGGCAAAGAGCUCUUCAGUAUACAUGAUCGCAAAUUGUACUGCGCCCUGGCCCCAGGAUGGGGUUGCCCAAGUGGGGUGACUCUUAAAACAAUUCAAAAAUAUGGGUUUAUGGAGAAGAACAAACUGAUAAUUAAAGUGGAAGUAGAAGUAGUUGAAUCUGAUGAUGAAGAAGAAGAAGAAGAAGAAGAGAUUGUUAAAGUGGCUACUCUUUUCACAGAGCACCCGGACAUUGCAGUGAAUUUCAAACCAAAGAACCAACAGGUAAAGACAACGUACAUGAAUGUCCUCCUCGGUCUCAUCGAAACACUGAACAAGCCUCCACAUAGCUUCUCUGAGACUGAGAUAAGCAACGCUCGCAGCGAGUUAAUUGAGUUAACAGAAGCGGGCUUCAAGCUAGAGUGGUUGAAGACAAAGCUUGAUGAGGUUUCCUUGGAGAAGAAGAAAACAAAUGCUUAUAAUUCUCGAGUCCAAGAACUCAAGAAAAAAAUCAGGAAUCUCAACUAUGAACUGGACACGGAGAAGGCCAAAUCUGCUACUUGUGCUGCUAAAAUUUUGUCGUUGGAGCAGAAGGUGUCGGAUCUCAACGAUAAGCUGAACGAGAAGGAGGCAAAACUGUUACUACUAAAGAGCUGUUUACUUUGGAAUUGCGAAGAGUGA